AUGCCACGUGGGUGCAGAGGUCUUGAAACAGCUUGUUACAAAAACGACCUUUGCCUGAUUCAAAAUCCAGUGUACAUUGAACAGUCUACAGGAUCUCUGGAGGAGGGUAAAAAAUGGCCGAGGGCAAGGCUGCCAGGAAGAAUCGCAAGAGACGAGACAAGAAACCGUGUGUCGGUGGUGGUUUCACGCUGGAGGAGGAGGUGCCAGGGAAGAGGCCUCCCAGCCCUCUUUUAGUAGACCCUCUGACUGACCUACAGAGACAGUUGGUCCAGGCCAAGGCUGACAAGGACCAUGACAAAGCUCAGGACCUGAGGCACAGGAUAUGGGUACUACAAGACACUCUGCAACUUGGACAACCACCGUCUAGCGCUCCGGCAGUGGAUCUCGGGGCUCUCAUCUCACACACUCCACCUAAGCAGCCCCAGGCUACAGCCUCCUCUGAUCCGACAGAGAAGAAGCUGCUCAAGCUGAGAAGGAAGAUGGAACAGAUAACUUCCCUCAAACAGAGAGUGGCCAAUGGAGAGAGCUUGGAGAGGACACAGCUACUCAAGAUAAGCACAGAAGAAGAGGUACAGGAAGAAAUAGAUAUUAUAGAGGAACUGCUCAGAACACAAUCUUUUAUUUAGAUGUAAUUUUUUAAAUGAUGUGUAACAUUUGUUGGAGCCCUAAUUCGUCAUUUUUCUCUUGCAUAAAUUUCAAUGUUACAUAAACCGUUUUCUAAUGACAA